UGCUGAGUGCUCGUGCUGCCCUUAAAGUACCGACCAUCCCAGACACCCGGCAAUAGAUGCGCCAAGCUCACAUCCGCACAUCCUGUUCGCUCUUUCCGGCAGUCUUUUUGUCGGGGAACACAUCUACCAGUCAAAUGGACGAGAAUCAAGCUCUCCCACCUGCAAACAAUGAAGCUACAGAAGGAUACCCAGCAACCGGCAACCCAGGCUUUGCAGGGAACUCUUUCGGAUAUCCUUCCAGCUACCCACCCCAGCAGGGAUACGGUGAGGGGUACGCUGCACAACCGGGGUAUCAGCCAACACAGCAAGACUACAAGUCUAACCAGCCUACAGUCGUCGUGACGUUUCAAGACCACAUGUGCUUGGCCAUCUUCACCACACUUUGCUGCUUCUGGCCGAUCGGCAUUUUUGCCAUCUUUAGAGCAUGUGAGGCCCGCAAAGCCCGAGCAACAGGGUACUUUGAACUAGCUCAGACCCUAAGCCGAGUCUCGCCGCUUAUCCCUGAUUGGCAUCGGCAUUGGAUGCAUCGUAAUCGUCAUAACUAUCGUCGUGUCUUUGCCGUCAACAAGAUAGCCGUCAACACAGCUAAUUACUACCUGAGCCAAUUGGACCAUGAGGCGAAGUAGGCAGUCGCCGAGGGAGCAAAAAUGUCCUGCUGGGUUGGUUGUUUGGGGGUUUUAUGUGUUUAAGUGAUAAAUGAUGUUAGGGAAAAAUCUCAUUUCAUUGAAUGGCAUUUGUAGGAGACUUUUCCUCUGCUUGUAUGUUGACUUCACCACGCUAGUCUCUCAGUGCAUGUAUUACACGAAAAUCUCACCAUCCGAGGGCGCAUUUGUAGUGACCAGCUAAAGAAGGUGGGAGUGGAGGGCGGGAGUGCGAGGGGGCGGAGGAAAAGAGGCGUUGGUGGAUUGGGAAGAGUCGGGUCUGUCCACUAGGAUGCUUGGGAAUAUAUCAGCCUCUCCUACUACGUGGUUAGUGCAGUGUUACUUGAUAUUUUUUCUGUAACAUGAGAGAGGAGAGAAAGAUUGAAAGGACCUAAGUGAGGUAGCUAAGAUAAGGGUAGAGAUAAAUCUUGACAGUCAGGGUUAGCAGAACUGGUCAAGUGUGGGCAAGGAAAACGUAAUUAACUUUAUACUGAAAACCUAUUGGAUGUUGUAAAAACUUCACUUUUCUUAGCGGCUGCAAACAUCUUGUGAGAACAUUAAAGCUUGAUGUUUGA